UAAUUCAGUAUACAUAAGUUAGUUAUUAUUGAUCUCAACUUUUCAGUUUUUCGAUUCAAAAAUGAGUAAGGAAGGAUAAACUUCCCUUGUUAAAUAUCUUCAUCAGAUUUAGGCACCGAAAUAACGAGAAAAAAUGUUGGUCGUCCGCUCGACAUCAUGGUUAUUGAAGACUCGAACCAACCCAAUAACCCUACUUCGACAGCGUAUUUGUGCUGAAGCCCCGCAACCUACUACAGCAGCCUUCACGGUGGGUAAUGUUCGGGAAAAAUGGAAAGCUCGCUUCCAAACAGAAAACAUUCCCGAAGCGGACACCUCAAUCCUGAACAUACUGGCGCACGUUCUCCGGUUACCAUCGCCAGCGGAUGUCAGGAAGAGCCAAGAUGUGGUGCUCAAUGAAACUCAACUAGUCAAGGUGGACGAACUGUGCGAGUGUCGACUGGCUCGAAUGCCCAUCCAGUACAUUAUCCGUGAGUGGGAGUUUCGUGAUUUGACUCUCAAAAUGGUUCCACCGGUAUUCAUACCGCGACCGGAAACGGAGGAGCUGGUGGAACUAAUUCUACAGCAAAUUCCUCAAAAGCCGAUGAACUUUCUGGAGAUUGGCUGUGGAAGUGGUGCGGUUGCACUCUCAAUAUUGAAACAUGCUCCUCAGGCAUCUGGCAUCGCCAUCGAUCAGAGCAAGCUGGCCUGCGAGUUAACCCUGGAGAACGCUCGUAGUCUUGGUUUAUCCGAAAAUCUACGAAUAUUCCGACACAAAGUGACGGACACCCUUCCAGAGGAAAUCAAGGAAAGGAAAUUCGAUAUGAUCGUUAGCAAUCCCCCGUACGUCCCGUCCCAGCAAUUGUUGCAACUGGAACCGGAAAUAAAGGUGUACGAAGAUAUGCGAGCUCUCGAUGGGGGUCCUGACGGAUUGACCGUUAUCAAAGCAAUUCUGGAAAUAGCAGGCAGGCAUUUAAACGUUGAGGGUAUUCUUUGGUUAGAAGUGGAUAGCUCUCAUCCGCCAUUGAUUGAACAGUUUCUAGAAGACAAAGGUCCCACAUUGGGACUGAAAUACGUCUGUUCGUAUAAAGAUCUCUUCCGCAAAGAACGGUUUGUAGAAGUUUCCAAAGUUUAGCUCGCAUAAAUAUUACACAAUUGUUGUUAGUUGCUAGUAAAUUAAUACAAACUUGCUUCAGGUUGAUCAAAAAUUUA